AUGCCUAGAUUAGAGAAAGGUGUUAUAAAAUCUGAAUAUGGGGUAGUAAAUAUAUACAUAAAUAACCCGAAAGAAGACAUUGUAUCUCACGAUAUCUAUAAUAAAAAUGUAUGGGAACCUUGGGGAAUCAAUACUGUGUACAAAUUCAUUCGGCACGAUCCUUCAAUCGGCGUAAUUGAUAUUGGUGCAAACAUAGGUGUUAUUGCACUACAGUUAGCUAAUGUGGGAAGGAAGGUUAUUGCUAUAGAGCCAACACCCCAAAAUACACACAACGAUCACCAAGAUGUACCAUUUGCUUUUCCAAGUAAAGGAGAGUAUGCAUUAGGAUUUGUAGACCAAGGAAAAGACAAUAUAUCCGUAAAGGUGAACGGGGUAUUUAUUGAAUGGUACUAUCACAGAAACACUACAUCUGGAAAAUUCCUUUUACAAAAAUUUCAAGAAUUUGAUUUUGAACCUUUCUUCUGUAGUGACGUUUUACAAGACGUUUCCUCUAAUCUUGAUACUCCGUGUGGAAAAAUAGAUGUUAAAAGGUCUGGUUCAUGGGGGACCGAUGUUGUAUGGCUACCUCGAGGAAAAAAGAUUUAAUUCAAAAUACUUUGAAAGGAUCAGACAAUAUGAUUUUGUUUUGUAAGUGAUUUAAGUAAACCAA